GUUAUUUCUAGAUUUUAACAGCACGCAGGAAACUGCUCAAAGACAGAAGUAAAAGCAUCAGUAAAACACUUGUGUGCAAAAGGAGAGAAUAGCUUAUAAACUGUGUUGAGAGCAGAUGUGUGGUUGACAGAAUGCACUUUAUCACACUGAAGAACAUGUUUCACACAAUCUAAAGCAGCACUUCUUCAUAAUGCACAGACAUAUAGUGCAGAUCUAGAAGAAUUUCAACACUCAGAUCAGAGGAAGUUAAAACCACACGAGGAGCUGAGAGUAUUUAAAGAAAGAGUUGAGAGCAAAUGAUGAAGAGAAAGAGAAAAUGUCUGAGUGUCAUCUGUGUCUGCUGGGACUGAUCGCUCUCUCUUCACUUCUCACAGGUAUCAGUGGAGAGGAUGAUGUUCAUGUGUUCAUCAGAUCAGGUGAAGAUGUCCGUCUGCCCUGUAAUAAUGCUCUUCCUGAUGCUCUUCAUGACUGCAACUCAACUUCAUGGAGCUAUAACGGAGGCAGUCGAUCAGGAACAGUUGAACUGAUUACUAAAGGGAUAAAGAAUGACAUCAAGAGACAUGAGAGACUGAGUCUGGGGUCUGACUGCUCUCUGAACAUCAGGAAGAUCUCAACAGAAGAUUAUGGAUCUUACACCUGCCAACAAUGGAUUCAUGUGAAUGGAAAAGACCAAAAACUAGGAAAUGACCCACGUGUUUAUCUGCAUGUUCUUCAUGUCUCAUCCUCACAGACUCAGAUCAGUUCAGGUCUCUCUGUGUCUCUCUCCUGUCGGCUGUAUUCAUAUCCUCGAGUCUCUUGUGAUGAAUGGAUCAGUUCUGGGGAAAUUCAUCUGUUCUGGGUGAAUCAGGCUGGUGUUAAACAGACGAGAUCAUCCUCAUCAGAUCCCUGUAUCAUCUCUCUGACUACAACACUCCUGAAUGAAGAUCACAACAGAGAGUGGAGAUGUAAUGUUACUCAGAAAGAUCAAGUCAAGACCUCAGUCUCAUUCACUGUCAAGAGAUCAGCUCCAGAUAAACCAGAGACAGCAGUCCCAGACUCUCAGAAAACUACAGCUCCAGGUAAACCAGAGACAGCAGGCCCAGACUCUACAGUGAUCCUGAUUUCUGCUGUCGCUGCGGCCGCUGUUUUCCUGACUGCUGUUCUCUGGCUGAUCUGCAGAAAAAGAGCUGGUAAUAAAAGAGGGACUGGUGAAACAGCGGUCAAAGAUGAGAAUGAAGAUAAAGUGACGUCUGAGACGAUCAACAUGUCGACUCCUGCUGCUGCGAGAGACAAUGAGCAGACAGAUGAUGUGACUUACUCUGAAGUCUCUUCUUCCAGUAAAAAGCCAGUCAAAUCAGUCAAAGAUCAAGAUGAUUCAGUGACUUACGCUGCCAUCAGAGGAACACAAAAUGAGCCGCUGGGUCAACUUUACGCCUCUGUGAACAAGAACAAAUAAAGAUUCAUGAGACAGAUCCAUGCAUGAGCUCCUCACAUCAGCAGCAGAUUGAUGAGAUUCAUCAUACAGGUC